GAAAUAUAUAAAAGGAACAUAAAGAUCCACUUAAUCUAUACCAAUGUCUUAGCAUAAACUGAAAGUAGUUAAUUAGUGCUCAUGUAGCAUUGAAAAAGCAGAAAAUUUGAUUCCUCUAAAUUAAAAAUAAAAGUCUUUAAGAUGCCUUAAAUGCCAAAACUAUUAGAAAAGAAAUCACAACAUAAAAGAUAAGGAUGCACAGCAUGAGAAAAGACAUUGUUAUAGAUAUUAUUAAGUAAGAUCUUUUUAUUCAUAUAUAUUAAUUCCUGUAAUGUACUUAUUACACUUAAAUACAAUAUGAACAUUGAUACAUCUAAUGGCAAGUUAGUGCUGAAAGAGGCAGUUAAAAAUGUUAUAAGCUA